AUGGAACUUGCAAAAGAUAUUAAGCCUGAAAAACAUGUUUCAGCUCCACCCUUAAGUAUUCAUCAAGUUGCUUUGAAAUAUGGAGUUGCUAAACAAACACUAUAUGAUGCUAUAGCUAAAGAUGCACCAAAAUGCCCAGAUUCUUUUAUAUUACUUAUAGCUGAAGAAGAAAAUGAGUUAGUAGAGUAUUGUUUAAAUAUGCAAAGUCUAGAGUUUGGACUAACUAAAGAGGCCAUUAAUACAAUGGUUGUUCAAAUGCUUACUACAAAAAAUAAAAAAAAUUUAACUAAAAAUAGGCCUACCACUAAAGCCAAUUUGAUUGUUAUUCAAAAUCAUUUUGCAACACUUGAAAAACUUAUUUAUGAAAACUGUCUUACACCUGACAGAAUUUGGAACAUGGAUAAAAAGCAUAUAUCUGUUUGCUUUACUAUUUCAGCAGCUAGAAUGUAUAUUCUCCCAUUACUUAUUUACAAAGGUGUUAGAGGAAUUGAAGGUUUAUUAACAGACAUAUCAGUUCUACCAGGUACCGUCAUUGCAUUUACUGAAACCAGAUAUAUGCAUGAAGAUAUUUUUAGAAUAUAUACAGAGCACUUUAGUAAUUCGAUUCUCUCUACUUAUCCUGUCUUGCUUAUGCUUGAUAGAGCUACUAGCCAUAUAGAUUUAACUAGUAUUAAAUAUUGUCAAGAAAACAAUAUUCUUCUUUAUGUAUUAUUAUUAAAUACUACUCAUAUAUUUCAACCAUCUGAGAUUCCUUUUAAAAAACUUAAAUCUGAAUAUGACAAAGCAUCAGAUCGUUAUCAUAUUAAUAAUAAUCUUGGAGUAGUUACAAAAUAUUUAUUCACCCAAGUUUUUAGUGAAGCAUUUCAUAAAAUGUAUACACCAAACAUGAUUAGACAUACAUUCGCUACAACUGGCAUUUGGCCCCUGAAUCCUGAUGUAAUUAACCCUGAAUGUUUAAUGCCUUCAUUAGCAAUGUUUCAAUCAGUUAGUUCUUCUCCAAAACCAACUCAUGAAUGUAAUACAAGAAUUAAUAGAUUUACAUAG